GCACCGGGGCGGGAGCAGGGGCGAGGCUCCAGCGGUCGGUUCAGUGAUCACUGCCCGGUUCCCUUCCAGCAGCUCCAUCGAAGCCCCCCUCCCGAAACCGCUAGCUGGAGAACCACCAUGCAAAUGCACACACAGGAGCUUACUUUUCGCAUUGGUUCGUUGAUUAUAUAUAUUUAUUUUUAAAAAAGCGCGUCUCACCGACGCUGUGAAAAAGCGCGAGAAAGGAAAACUCAGAAAAAACAUCGACCGAAGUGAACCGUUAACCGAACGCUACAAAGAUGCCUGAGGUGCGGGACCUUUCUGAAGCUUUGCCAGAGAUGCCCAUGGACCCCAUCACUGGAGUCGGGGUCGUAGCCUCCAGGAACAGGGCACCCACUGGAUAUGAUGUGGUCGCUACGACAACAGACGGCCUGGAUGCUGAUCUAUGGAAAGAUGGCCUUUUCAAAUCCAAGGUGACCCGCUACCUGUGCUUCACAAGGGCCUUUUCUAAAGAGAAUAGCCAUUUAGGCAAUGUCCUUGUAGACAUGAAGCUGAUCGACAUCAAGGACACUCUGCCUGUGGGUUUCAUCCCGAUCCAGGAGACUGUCGACACUCAGGAGCAGGCCUUCCGAAAGAGGCGACUCUGCAUCAAGUUUAUUCCUCGGGACUCCACUGAGGCAGCGAUAUGUGACAUCCGCAUCCUGGGACGCACCAAGCAGGCCCCCCCGCAGUACACCUUCAUAGGAGAGCUCAACAACAUGGGGAUCUGGUACCGCAUGGGGAACGUUCAUCGGGCCCAGGACUCCGCACACACCCCGACCACCAACAACAUCCACAAUGUGAACUCCAGCUCGGCCCCGGUCCCAGCUGCUCCCAUGCCCAAACACAUUUCCAUGACCCUCCCAGCCAGCUUCAGAGGGAAGAACAGUACCAGACCGGACUAUGAGCACCAGAACUCCAACCUGUAUGCCAUCUCAGCCAUGGACGGGGUGCCUUUCAUGAUCUCUGACAAGUUUGCCUGUGCCUCGUCCGAUCUGCAGCAGGUGGAUCUGAUGGGCAUCACAAUCAAGUCUCUGGCUGAGAUUGAGAAGGAGUAUGAUUACAGUUUCCGCACAGAGCACAGUGCAGCAGCUCGCCUGCCCCCCAGUCCCACGAGGACGUCCCUGAGCUCUGAGGCCUGAGGCCCCCCUCGGCAGGAGAGACCUGUACACAACUACUGAGGCGCUGCCCACAACAUACAGUCCCCGAGGAGAAAACAAACAAAAACAACUACAAAUAAUAUUUCCUCCAACUUUUGGAUGAUGUUACUGUCUUUAAGUGGGUUCUGUUGGAUCCUAAAGGAAGUGAAACUGUAAACACGGAGAGAAGGAGGACACUGAGAGACUCCGGCUGAAACCACUACUCAACAACUGAUGCGCUGGCUUUUUAAGAGGAAAUGGAGAAAAAAGCAACUGAACAAUGAGAGGAAUCUCACUGGUAUGAUUUCAGAAUCACUUUACUUUUCUUCGAACAAUGGAGUGGUGUUGCCUACAUUACGAAUAAACUGUUUGACCUGAAGGACUUGUUCCAAACAAGGUAAGAGAAUCUGGGCUCUGCCGGUCGGCCUUUCGCUCUGUGAAAUGGAAAGCAGUGGUGCGUCAUCAGCACCACGAGGGCCAGUAGUCCACAUUCACGUGUUGGGAAUACAAAAGGAAAUGUCAUGUUGUCCCAGCAUGCACUGGGAGUGAUGUUACUGUUAAUGUGUUUGGGCAUUUCAUAUAGAACCACUGUUACGCUGCUGGACCUCACUUACCACUACUCUUGCCAUUCUUUGCAACCAUCACUAAUGGAUUCUCUGCCUUCUUUUUAGGGCUGGCUAUCAUUUUGAGUUUUGAUAGCAAUACCAUACUUUUACAAACAAUUCAUUUGGAAUGAAACGUGUAUAUAAAAAGUCAUGGAAAGAGGAACAGCUCAUUUGAUCUUAAACACUCACUUAUGUAAUCAGGGUUCUAUGAAUUCUGUCUGUCUGACACUUGCUUCUUUAACUAGCGCACAAUUUACAGUUAACUCUCUAAUGUCGAGUGUCUACUGCGCUCAAAAUGUUUGGGAGAGUAUAUAAAUAUAUAUAUUGGCUUUUAUUUCUCAAAGUUCCUUCCUUCCUGUCAAUUCCUCUGUGCCACUGACUUGGACGGUUUGAUGCCCCCCCCCCCCCCCCCCCAUGUUGCAAGCCGUGUGAAGGCUUGGAUGCUGUGUAGUCUGCAUUGAAGGCCUUUACAGUGAAAGUGUUACUAAUUGUUCUUCAUGCUGGCACAAAGUCCAGCUAAAGUGCUCUUUUUUUUUUUUGUCAAAGAAAUUGGUUCCACAUUGAAAGCCUAACUAAGUCAUGUCUUUAAUUCACCUUGUUUUGUUGCUUUUAGCUUGAUUUGUUUUAAAAAGUCGGACAACUUGAAUUAGCGGUUUUAUUUAGUUAUAUUUAGAUCAGUCCUCCGUGACAAAGUGAAAGGUCUUGCCUAGGAUCAUUGCAGCAUCAACAAGGAAGGGGCGUGUCACACUCCCCCUGCUGCUGCUGCUGCUGGUCCAAUCGCCUUUGAACUCCAGCCACUUCUUCCUGCUGACUGUUGACGUGAACAGACUACCAGUAGGUCAGAGGUCAUCGUCCUCUUCAUUGCCUGCUAAGCCCUUUAUGGGAGAGGUUACCCUUACAUUCACUCCAAAUAGAUGUGUGUGUGUGUAUUUUAGUACCACUUUCAGUACUCCGUUAUGUAAAUGCAGUAUUGUAUUCAAUAGUUUUAAGAAUUUCUGUGACCUUGUUUUACUUUUUUGUUUCACAUUUGUUUAAAGUUUCUUUGCUACCAAGUCAUAAAUGCAUGGAUUAACUCCUUUUUUUAUUUUCUAUUUUUGUGUCUAAUUUAUUGUCUCAGUAUUGUGACCAUGUUCUCCUAAAGGCUCACAGAAAUGUAACGUAUCGCUUUAUCAUUAGCACUGGGGGCAUGUGGCAUGGGUUCAUGUCCCUGUGAAGCUGCGUGUUUGAUAUUAUUUCUCAGCUAAAACAUUUAAAAAGCUAAGUGAUAUUGUGUCUGCAUUAACAACGAACAGUGCUUUGAUAUGUCAGUUUGCAUGUACAGAGUCAGAGGUUUCAAUAGGACCAUUAUUUUUGUAGGUUAGCGAUCAAAAGUUAAAGAUGUCAAAUGAUCUCAUCCACUAAAGAAUGAACAAAACAGCAUCAGUUGAAUUUGUAUUGAGGUGGUUUUAUUAAAGUAUUAUUAACUGGAGUCCUUGAUUUAGUGGACAAUUUAGUGACGUAAUUCAACAGCAAGCCUGAUCCCUACAUCGAAUGGUUUAUAUACAUGCUGUGCCUGCUUCCUGGUUUCUUUUAUGCAUGCGUGUCAGACUUACAAAUUUCAGCUCUUCAAACUAGUUUUUAUAUUUGACAAAGAUAAAUAAAUUCACCAUUCCGUUUUAAGUGAUUUAAUUAACGGGGUCUUUCCAAACCUUCAUGGCCCUAUUAAGGAUCUCUUAAUGUUGAAGUCAUAAUGCUAAAGCUUCCUAUAUGUAGUUAGUCCAACCUAUCUUCAUACAAUGGUUUGUUUAUCUUUCUAUAUGACAAGUACCUCAUUAUUUAUAACUGUAUUUUACCAAUAAACGUCCAUCUUGGUGGACUGCUGUCCGAAGCCUUGGCGGCUCACAUGUGGCCUGGAUGCUGA